GCUAUAUACCUAAAAAUAACCUUGACGUGUUUUGCAUAUUGAAAGUAAACAAAAAUGGCAACCUCCGUAAGAUCACUUGGCCUAGGAAUAAAUCGCGUCCUUCUUCGGUCGUUGUGUAACCCUGCCGUAAACAGCUGUCGCACAUUCAGGAUCGGAGAAAAAAUCCCACCAGUGGAAUUGUACCCAGAGGACACCCCAACUAAACCACUGAACGCACAGGAGCUGUUCAAAGGAAAGAAGGGUGUUCUGUUUGCAGUGGUGGGUGCCUUCACUCCUGGAUGUUCACAGGCCCACAUUCCUGAAUAUCUAAAUAACUACGAAAAAUUUAAGGAAGAAGGUUAUGACAUGAUAUGCUGUUUGGCUGUCAAUGAUCCAUUUGUUAUGUCUGCUUGGGCUGAUAAACUCAAGACAAAAGGGAAGAUAAAGAUGCUGGCGGAUCCUCAAGGAAAAUUCACCAAAGCAAUGAAAAUGGAUCUGGACUGCACAAAGCUACUGGGAAAUGUUAGAUCGAAAAGAUACGCUCUGGUGAUUGAGGACAGUGUCAUCAAGAGUGUCAACACGGAGCCCGACCACACGGGCCUGGCCUGCUUACUGUGCAUCAGGAACUUUAGGUCUGCCCAAUCAGCAGGCGCCACGUGAUCUGUGCUUGGUGGUGCUGAGUGGUUCUGGUGUAAAUGUGGGAGAUUGAAAGAAGUGUGCGAUUGUAUGGUAUUAAAGAGGAUAUUGAGCUUGGGGAGAGCCUUGUACAACCUUGUGGAAUUUACACAGCACACACCUGUGACUUUCUGUUGGUUUUAUUUAUACUGUUGUAUAUUAUUUCUACAAGUACAGGUCUCAAUGUAAGGUGUUUUGUAUAUUUGGUAAGAUAAUCUAAUUUGAAUUAUUUUUGUUGGUUUUUUUUUUAAAUGGAUAUGGUUUAUACAAUGAAUGACUGUCUUAAAAAUUAUGAAAACAGUUUUACUCAUUCUCAUGAUAUGCCUGCAGGUACAAGUGCAAUGUAUUCACUUGUGCUGCAUUUUUAUAUGUGUGUGUAUUAUGUAAUUUACCAGAGUCAUUAAUAAACUGGUGCUGUCAAUUGAAUUAAAAAACAAUUCUUCUGUAUAUUGAAUAUAUUUUGAAAAAUGUUCUUGAAAAAUUGGAAUGCUAAAAAUAGUGAGCUAUUUUAAGUUUACAAUUACAGUAAAACUCUUUUAAUACGAACACGGAAAUAGCGAAUUCUCUGAUAUAGUGAAGUUUUUUUGAGUCCCAGUCAAAUUCUUAACAAAUCUUUGCAAAAUUUUACAGUUAUAACGAAUUUGGAUGUAACAAAUUUACGGAUAUAGCAGCUGAUUUUGAGUCCCGUAGAGAUGAAUAAUAACGGAAUUUAACACUUUUAUAACGAAUUUCUGUACAAUAAAAAAGUUUGCACUACCAUUUAACGUAAUAUUUUGGAUGAAUUUACUUUUAUAUAGAUUUUUUGAUUAACAAUAGGAUAAUAAAGGUAUCAAAGUAAUGUUAAUUUCAGCCUCAAUUAGCAAAAAUUAUAGUCUGGUAAAAGAAAUCAUGUUAAUCGUGAAUUCGUUAUAGAUAUAUUUUAAUUCGUUAUACGGAUAUAACGAAUUAUGGAUAUAACGAAGUAAAUCCAUUGGUCCCUAGGACUUCACUAUAACCGAGUUUUACUGUACUAGUAAUACCAUUUUCAUGACAACAUUUCAAUCAUGUUGCGGUCAAAGUAAUUUUUAAACUCUUAGUUUUUAAACAAGAUUAAGUGCUAGGAUUUACAUUGACUCCAGCAUGAUUGAGGGUGAUUCAAGGACAACAUACAAUUUCUCCCCUACAUUUUGUGUUAAGGGUUUAGAAAUAUAUAUAUGGAAAGCCAAUCAGAAUUAAAAUUUAAAUCAAUGUUUUGUACAUCUUAAGGUUGCAUAAACCUCCACACUAAUUCUGUAUAUGUUUGUCGACUUAUUAUUUAAUAUACAUGUAAAAAGGCUUCAAUUUUGUUCAUAUGGAAUGGAGAGAAGUCCUCUGAAGUAAUUAUUUGAUAAAUGUUGGUUUUUUUGUAUAUGCAUGCAAGAUAUUUUUUGAAUUUGUAAAUGAAAAAUGUCACUAAAAUUUAAAAAAAAAUUAAAAGUCAACAAAUCAAG